UCUGAAACUUAAGUUAUGGCCAAGUGGGAUUAUGCAAGAUCAAACAGGGGAUUUCCCCCCAGCCAAGUGACAGUAUAUAUAGGUAGCCCCAGCCACAUCUCCUCAGCGAGCAACACAAGCCGCUCACCCGAGGUCUCAGCAGGAACUGUCAGCCCCAGCAGGAUGAAGCCUUCCAUUGCCAUCAUUUUGUGUCUCUUGGUCCUGGGAGUUGACAGCCAAAGGUGGCUCGAGUUCAUUAAAGAAGCUGGUCAAGGCACUAGGGACAUGUGGCGAGCCUACACUGACAUGAGGGAGGCCAACUGGAUAGGUGCAGACAAAUACUUCCAUGCUAGAGGGAACUAUGAUGCUGCCCGACGGGGUCCCGGGGGAGCCUGGGCUGCUGAAGUCCUCAGUGAUCUAAGAGAGAACAUUCAGAGUCUCAUAGGCCGUGGACAUGAGGAUUCCAUGGCUGACCAGGAAGCCAACAGAUGGGGCCGCAGUGGCAAAGAUCCCAAUUACUACAGACCCAAAGGCCUGCCAGAAAAAUACUGAGCAUCCUCCCUUCAUCCUCAGGAGGCUGUGCUGCGGGCUCUGGGGACAGGACGUGGAAUUCUUUACUUUUGUGCACACUGUGGGCAUGGAGAACAUACAGUGCAUGUGCAAUAAAUUCGUAAGAUGAAA